AUGAAUUAUAUGCGAAAUGGGUCAAUUAGGUAUAUUUCCAUGGAAAAUUGGAUGGCCUAUACUGGACCGGUAGUUCUUGUUGCCAAGCCAGGAGUGAAUAUUAUCGCAGCAUCCAAUGGAUCAGGAAAAAGUGCCAUAGUAUGCGCAAUAGCAUUAUCGCUCGGUUUUGAUGUAAAUAUAGUUUCCAGAGGUGACAACAUACGCUCAUUUGUCAAGAGAGGAUGCUCGACAUCGGUACUCAAGGUAGGCCUAGUAGAUGACCAAACGGUAGAUUCCACUUUACACAUUGAAAGAAGGAUAACACUCAUAGAAAACGCAUCGAAGGAAGAUUCUGAACAAUUAUUAAAAGCUGGUCAACCUUUAAGCAAAAACACCGUUUCAGUUAAAAAUGAAUGGCUACUGAACGGGAAGCAUACAUGUUUAGAUUCCAUAAAAGCGUCGUAUAGGAAGUUGAACAUCCAGUUGGAAAACUUGCUGACGUUUCUGGCGCAGGCAAAUGUCGGUAAAUUCGCAGCAAUGACGCCACAAGAGCUGUUCAGGUCCACACUAAACGCAAUAAAUCUCAAAUACAUGGAAGAGUUUGAUAAUUUAGUAGAGCUAUCGCAAAACUUGAAAUCGAAAGUCUCCGAAAGCAAGCUAAUAGAGGAGCAGUUGCAAUCUUGUGAAAAUAAGCUCUCGGAACUUAAAAUAAUGAACGACUCAAUGACUAAGUUGAAGGACGCAACACUGUACAGGAACAUAAUAAAGCUUAAGUUAUACCAGGUACAGAAAAAAAUUAAACUGAGUAAUAUCACAAAGGGGUACGAAGUCACAAGAAAGAGGAUAGGGGACACGAACAAUGAGAUAUAUACGUCGGAGACGAGGUAUAACAGGCAGAAGGAAAAGUAUAGGAAGAUGGAGAGCGCAGCUCGGGGUCUGUACGAGGAUUCAAAGAGUAAGAUAGAUCAGGCGAAUAGGAUAAUGGGAGUAGAUGGCCCAGAACACAAAGCGAACAGCAUAACAGAGUCGUCAAACAAUGAGCCAGUGGAGCAGGCGUUCUACGAUACAAUAUCGUUGUUGACUUCGCUAGCAAGUGAUAUAAAGAGAGCACGAUCGAGAGAGAAGAUAUCAGGAGACGCAGAUUCAAUAAAGGAAAAAAUGGAGCAAAUAACAGAUGAAAUAAAGAAUCUGAAGUCGCAGUUGGUCAGUAACGAUGAAAUAGUGAAUCAAAUAGCAAAGGAAAAGGUAAACGAAGAAAAUUUAAGGUAUAAGUUGAGAAAGUACGCGAAUCUGUCUACGUUAAAGUUUGAACAGUUGCAGUUUGAAUCGCUGAUGAAUCACCUGCCGUACAUGAAGAGAGACCUGAUAUCGAGGUACGUGAACCACUAUAAAAACAAACCCUCGGAAAUACACCCUAUUGUCAUCAACGACGUGAGAGUUAAGGGGAAGUUGAACAGAGCAAUAGUGGAGGACACAAUAGGAAAUUACCUAGACUGCAUACUGCUGAAGAACUCGGAGUAUGAGAGUAACCUGAGCAUCCUGAAAAACUUUAGGCUGCCAAUAGUGACGGUGCCAGCGGAGCCGAACGUGCUGUGUAAAGUGAGUAAGAAGAUGAAGCUGUUUGGAGUCAAGGAGUUCGUGCACGAGUUGAUAGAGGCCUCAGAAGACACAAUACAGUGCCUGGCGAGCCUGUGUCAGAUCAACGAGACGUUUAUAAUAGACGAGGGCUUCUACAGAGAGUACUUUUUGAAAAAUAAGAACCCGGAACAGCUUUUCAACAAUUUUUACGCAACAAUGCUGGAUGAAAUCAGCAGUCAGACGGGGAAGAGAGUGAACUCAUUUAAGUACUUUGUGGGAAGAAAGAAGCACCUGUACAAGCACUUCGCAGAGUCGAACUACUUCCUGGACUCGGAAAGCGUGAUCAACGAUAACCCGAAAGUCCUUAUGGAGUACGCGAGUUACGGAGUCAAGUCGGAAAACAGAGACGUAUCAACACUGGAGAUGGAGUUGGAUAAGUCGAUAAAGCAGCUGUACGAAUUGAAUAACAAACUGUCUGAAAACAACGGAUUGAACAAGCACCUGAACAAGAAGAUAUACGAGUUGGGUAAGCAGCAGAUAUCACUGGAAAAAUCGCUGAAAACACUGUCAACCACGGAUCACCAAAGUAAAUUUGAGAAGAAUUGGACUGAGGAACUGGAAAAACUGACUGACCAAAGGUCAAAAAUACUGAACACGUCGAUAAUGGAGAGUUCAAAGAACCUGCUGUUGAGACUGCAGAAGUCAGCUCACGCCAAAAACAUGUUGUUAGAGGCGAGUGAGACAUACAACGGUUACUGCGACCAGAUGAACGAGAUAAAGGAGAGAGGAGAGGCCCUGAAGGAAUCACAGACACAAAUAGAAACUCUGAAGUCGAACCUGAGUUUACUGAAGAACACACACGAGGAGCAGAAGAUAAGAAUGGACAACUACAAGAGUAUCAUUGCACAGACAAAGAGGGACAUAAAAACAAGCGAGGAGAUGUACGAAACGUCAUACUUGAACGAAGAACAGACGAGAACAUUCGGGGAAAUAAAAAAGGACUUCGAGAACAGGUUGAUUAACCUGACGGAGAUAGACCUGGAAAAGGAGCUGAUAAAGGCAGACGAGCAGCUGAGUAACCUGGAAAACGACGACAUAGAGGAGAUUAAACUGAUUAAAAUGAUCCAGGAGGAGAGGAUGAACAAGAAAAAGCACAAUGACGACCUCGGCAAGAUAAGGGACGAAAUAAGGAGCCUGACAGACCGGAGGAACCGCGAGUACGAAGAGUGGAAGCAGAGGGUGAAGCAGCUCGUCAAGGAAAUCGACGAGAACUUUGGAAGGUACAUGAAGUACAUCGGAGACGGCUCGGACGGCCAGGUGCGCCUGGAGCUGAACGUGGAGGACAUCAAGGAGACGAGGCUGCGCAUCCUCGUGAAGUUCGACUGCGAGAAGGACCUGCUCCCGCUGCUCACCUCGUACCAGUCUGGGGGCGAGCGCGGCGUGACGACGAUGGUGUACAUCAUUUCGGUGCAGAAUCUGACGAAGAACCCCUUCUUCGUGAUUGACGAGAUCAACCAGGGGCUGGAUUCGCACUACGAGAGGAAGCUGAUGAAGCUGCUGCUGAGGUCCCCGAACGAGUCGCCCUCGGACUCGCAGGACAGCGCCAACGUCGAGUUCAGGGGCGAGGGUACAAUGCCGCAGUACUUCAUUUUGACGCCUCAGCUGAUAUCGGGGUACGAUUUGAGCAACGCGACACUACACUUUCCACUAAACGGGCCGGGAAUCGAAAGAUCACUAGAGUUUUAA